AUGGCCAACCUAGCCAGUCACAUGGAAGCCAACCAAACCCCAUCACCGGCCAAUCAGCUCGGCUUCCCAACUCUUGCACUGCCCAGCAUCUUGAUCCUAGCUUGUCAUCCCCAGUAUUCGGUACCCGUACCCAGUGGGCACGUGCGAGAGAACCUUACCGUUACCCUAAAAGCUCAGACACCAACGCGUCUCCCCGCCCCAAGCACCAAGCACAUCGACUGCCAUUGUCGCGCCACUCGACAUCUCCACCUCAACUCCACCUUGCCCAAUCCUCCAACGCGCGCACCCAAUAUGAGCGCCGCGAAUUCGCCCUCGCAGGCUGUCCAGGUCGCCCCCUCCACGCGACGUAAAUCCGGACGCGUGUCCAAGAAACCAGAGAAAUUCACGCCUGGGACAAGUCCAACGGGAAGCGCGAAGCGGAAGCGCGGCGAAGGCGGCGAGGACCAAGACAGUGGGCUUGAUGCCGACGCGCCGUCGUCUGAAGAAGAAGAAGAGUCGGAGAGCAGCGAGGGUGAGCCAGACGAGGAAGAGUUGAGGGAGCGCCAGCGCAAGAAGAAGGGUAGGCCAGCUGUCCGAAAGCCGGCGCCGAAGAAGGCAAAGACCAAUGGUACGAGUGUCAGUCUCGCGAUCCGUCCCGCAUCCAAUGCGGCGAAGAAAAUGAGCAAGCGGCCGCGCAAAGCACCUGUGCGCAAGAGCAUGCUUCCGGAGCAGACUGAAGGACUCUACGCCGACGUGUUUGCGAGCGGAGACCGACUAGAAGAUGUCACAGCACGAUGGGUUGCGCGAUUUGGCGAGCACGAAGCCAAAGCUGUGGCUGAGAUUAUCAAUCUGGUGCUGCAGGCCGCGGGCUGUGACCUGCGGAUCAAUGAAGAAGACAUAGCAGACCCAGAUAACGCGCCGAAUCGCGUGGCCGAAAUACAGGAAGAGUUUCAGCAGGUGCGUGGCAAGGCCUCAUCUGCUGUCCCCCUCUACCACCAGCACGCUAACAGCAAGCAGUAUGAAAUCACCGAUUACCCGCUGAUUGCAAAACCCAAGGACGGUGGCGGCCAUGCUUUCAAACACGCGCUGCAAGGCUUCUUCCAAGCCCUCGUCCGGACGGUGGCCGAAUCGGGGCUCAUGUACGACAAUACAGAGCUCAUUGAGAACAUAUCCGUAUGGCUCGGUGCCAUGUCUUCCACGGGAAAUCGUCCCAUCCGACACACAAGUACAGUCGCAGCACUAGCCAUCACAACCGCAUUAGCAGAAGUGGCUGCCGAUAUUGUCGAGAAUACAGCCAAGCGGAUACGCCAGAGCGAGGCAGAGUCGAAAAAGUCGCGUGUCAAUAAGGCACGAGUUUCGGCAGCUGAUCAGGAGAUUGCUCAGUACAAUCAGAGACUGCAGGUGGUCGAGAGUGCGCUAGACGACUGGUUCAGCGUCGUCUACGUACAUCGCUAUCGCGAUGUCGACCCACGGAUUCGAAUCGACAGUGUCAUUGCCUUGGCGGACUGGAUCAUCACUUACCCCGACAAGUUCUUUGACGGCACUAAACUUCGUUAUCUGGGCUGGGUGCUGUCAGAUGCCAAUCCCCCUACGCGCAUUGAAGUACUGCACCAGCUGGCACGACUCUUCAAGGACGAGAACAAACUGGCAGGCCUGAAGACCUUUACAGAACGGUUCAGGCCGCGCAUUGUCGAGAUGGCCACGCACGAUGCAGAGAACAACGUUCGUGCCGCUGCAGUGGAGCUUCUCGACAUCUUACGUGAAGCUGGCUUCUUGGAGCCUGAUGACAUCGACUCUGUUGGUAAACUCAUCUUUGACUCGGACGCCAAGGUCCGCAAGUCUGUGGUCGGCUUCUUCGCAGAAAAUGUCAACGCGGCCUACGACGCGCUCGUGGAAGAUAUGGGAGGCGAGGAAGUUCUCAAUGAAGCCCUAGCACCACCUGACGAGGAUGACGAAGAAUAUCACAACCCACGGCUAGAGUGGCUGAAGCUCAAGUGUCUUGUAGACCAGCUGCUCUCAUACGACGAAGACGAGGCCGAACUGCCAUCUCAGAUCCAGCGCAUCUCUGCAAGUGGUGCAGAGCUUGGGCUGAUAACUGCCGGUGUUGAGUCGAGACGCUCUCUCGCGGCACAGGCUCUGUAUGAUGCCAUUCCAGAGAUAAGAUCGUGGGAGGUGAUCGCGGGCUAUCUUCUAUAUGAUCACUCACAAACUACACAGAAUGGCACAAGCGAUGAUGCUGAGGCCAUGCUUCGUCAAAAUUGCCAGCUAGAGGAGAGGCAUGAGACGGUCCUGCUCGAUGUGCUCAAUGCCUCCGUUCAUCUACGUCUCCAUCGACUGGCAGAGGCGCAAAAAGACAAGAAGAAGACCAAGGCCCAGCGCGAUAGUGAUAAAGAGGACCAAUCAGACAUGGCUCGACGGCUUUCACUACUGAUACCCCAGCUUCUGAAGAAGUUUGGCGCCCUUCCUGAGGCGGCUGCGUUGUGUCUCCGUCUGGAGCGCCAACUCAAUCUCGAAGUUUUUCAAGAAUUACGACAAAACGCCGCGCUGACAGCACUGCUUGAUGACAUCAACAAACAGUUCCUUACCCACCAUAAUGAACAAGUUUUGAUAGAAGCUAUUGAAUCAAUCAGGUAUGCCCAAGACAACGAUGAGCUCAAGGAAACGGUCAGCAUCAAAAUACAAUCGCUCUGGGACGACCUGAUCAACACGUUUGACGUGCUGCGGCGUGACCGCGAUCUCACCACUCGCGGCAGCCUCGACCAAAACAUUCUCGUCGGCGUCUCAAACGUCGUUCUUAAGAUGGCACAAUUAGCCAAAACUUCUGAUGCCUCUGUCCUCGACCACGUCACCGCGCCUGCGAAAACAAAGGGCAAGGGCAAGAAGGCAGCCUUGGACUCCCCAGCCAUCGAAGCCGUACUCCAAAUCCUAGACCGCGGAAUCCCAACCGAAGAUCUCGAUGACGAAAUCGAGGAAGCGGAGGACGUUCUCGUGCGCCAUGCCAUGUCCCUCAUGCUCAUCUACUUCCUCUGGAAAUCGCGCGAAUGCGCUACCCACAUCGAAGACGGAACAUCCAUGUCUGACGACGCACUUGGUCUGCUCGUCGAGCGCCGUGACAUGUGCAUAGCUAGCCUCAUGGCCAUUAUGGAAUCCCGUAAAGGCGUCGACGAGGUACGCCUUGACGCCGCAAAUCUCCUGCUGGAUAUUCACAGCAUGUUUCACAUUAUACGCGUCAAAGCGAAGGAGAGCAGCAGCGCGAAAGCUAUCAAGACGCCUAAGAAGGCACAGGGUCGACGCGAUAAUGCAAAGGACAGCGGUAAUGAUGACUGGGAAGCUUUAUGCAGAGACAUUGACGGAGAUACUGUGAAAUUACUCUUUGCCAUUCUAAACGCGCAGGAAAACGCGCUUGCAAAACUCACACACAAGCGUCUCGAAGAACCAGACGUCAAUGACGACCCCAUUGACCCCGAUGACGAGGAGCCAGAAAACGAUGAAGGCGAGCCCACGGAAAACGGUGUGACUGAUAAGCAGGUGCGCGCCCUGCUCACGGAAAACAGCCUCUGUGCCUUUGGCGGCCGUAUCGUGCAUGCCGUGCUCGUCGGCGCGUUUGGAGCUGCCGGUGAGGCAGUGCGCAAGAGGCUGGAGAGGAACAAGGGAAAAUUGACGCAUACGUGGAGGGAGGUUGUCAAUCAUGUCGAGGAUGCCAAGGUCAAGAGGGCAGCGAAGAAGCCAGCGGCGCCUGCGAAGGCGGCGACUAAGCUGCCGAAGAGCAAGGAGAUUGUAGAGGUUAGUGAUGGCGAAGACGAGGAUGAGGAGGACGACGAGAUCGACAAUGAGGAUGAAGAUGAGCGGGAUGGUGGGAUCGAGGGCGCUGAGAUGGAGGAUGAAGAGAUGGGUGAUGCUGAUGCAGAGACGAGGGACGAAGGCGGCGCCAAUGGAGAUGUGGCUGCAGAUGACGAGAGUGUUAUUGGCGACUGA